CUCAGAUUCGUUCAGCUCCAGUCAUCAUUUCAGCUUGUCACCAAUCCUUCCACUCGUUCUCUCAAUCUUGGUGACUUUUCUUCGUUUGACUUUCAUCUAGUGAUUGCCUGCUGUAUUACUCGUACUUGUCUUCCAUCAUGAUGGCUGCGUCGGGAUCGCAGGGCGACGGCCUUGUGCUGGACGCCAUCCGCCUCAUGCUGUCCAACCACCCAAACUCAACCGCUGAGCUCGAGCGACUCGUGCAGAGCCAUCGACCUCAGCAGCAGCAGCAACAACAACAUGGCGCUGGAUUUGCUUCUGCUGGCAGUGGUGCCCGGGCUGGUCCCGCCGCUUCCUCUGCUGCUACUGGCUCUGCUGCUCCUGCAUAUACAAUGAUACAGAUGCCGCGACCUGCAUCAUCGACCGUCACAUCCGCAACGCCCAUGACGUCCUUGCUGACACCCUUGCGUGGCCCAACGGCACCGACUCCAGCUGCUGCUGCUGCUGCUGCUGCUGCUGCGAACACUUCUGGCAAUCGGCCUUCUCAACAGCCUUCAUUGGCGGCUGGCAAAGCGAGUGGCAGUGCCACAGCGUCAGGUCUCAAUCCGAAACAACCAAGAUUGUUCCAGCCAACAAUGCCUGCCGGAUUGGGCAUUGACUCGCUCAGCGCGUUUAAUGCCCAGCCCGAAGAUACCAAGCCAGUUCAAUCCAAGACCGCUGGCCGGGGUCGUGGCCGAGGAGGCGCUGCUGCACCUCCGACCCAUGCUGCUGCUCCUGCGCCAACAACAACAACACGGAGGCCGGCCACGACCAGAGCGGCAGCACAGCGCAAGACGAAUCAGCGUGGGUAUGCUGCCGAUGAAGAUGAAGAGGAUGACGACGACGACGAUGACGAGAACAACGAGUCGGACGACGACGCUGACGAGGAUGGUGCCGCCGCCAGCGAGCACGAAGUCGAUGAAGACGACGACGAGCAAGACAGCAGCGAAGACGGGGAUGAUCACGAGGAUGCCGAGCAAACAGAGUCCGCGGAGAGCACUGACAGUGAAGGCGGCAAGCAAUCGCCUGCGCCUCGCAAAGCAACCGCGCGGAAAACAAAGGAGAAGCAGAUUGCACUGCAGCAGCAGCAGCAGCAGCAACAACAACAACAACAACAACAACAGCAAGCAGCACCAGCAGCACCACCGAAACGGCGAGGGCGACCACUGACCCAAGAGCAAAAGAUUGCCGCCGCUUCGUUGCGCGAAGCAAUGAAAGCACAGGCGAGAAAACAGCAGCAAGCAAGCAUCAACCAAUUCGACUCCGACUCUAGUGGCGGUGCUCAAAGCGGUGAUUCCGACACUGACGCAUCAGGCACACGUCCUGCCAAGAGAUCCAACACAGACCCUGCAGCUGGCCCCGCAAAGCGAGCUCGCAGCGGGCAGUAA